UCAGUUCCCACCAAAGCUGAUGUGCUUCCUGCGCCUUGUCCGUUAUUUCACAAGCUAUUUCUUGCUUGUUCUCAAGUUGCACGAGAGAGGUCAUUAUCGUUUGCCAGAAGCCACAUAGCUGGCUGCAGUCCCUCCUGGCCCGCACCAUGGCCAAGACCCUUGGUGAUCAUCUGCUAAACACCCUGGAGGAGCUGCUGCCCUAUGACUUUGAGAAGUUCAAGUUUAAGCUACAGAACACCAGCCUGGAGAAGGGCCACUCUAAGAUCCCCCGGGGCCAUAUGCAGAUGGCCAGGCCAGUAAAGCUGGCCAGCCUUCUGAUAACCUACUACGGGGAGGAGUAUGCUGUAAGGCUGACCCUGCAGAUCCUGCGGGCCACCAACCAGCGCCAACUAGCAGAGGAGCUUCGCAAAGCCACAGGCACAGAACAUUUAAUUGAAGAAAAUAGAGUUGGUGGUUCUGUCCAGUCUUCUGUAGAGAAUAAAGCCAAGAGUGUGAAGGUACCAGAUGUCCCUGAAGGUGAUGGGACACAGCAAAACAAUGAUGAAUCAGACACCCUUCCAUCCAGCCAGGCUGAAGUGGGGAAGGGACCCCAGAAGAAGUCACUGACCAAAAGGAAGGAUCAGAGGGGCCCCGAGAGCCUGGACUCACAGACCAAGCCAUGGACAAGGAGCACAGCGCCUCUCUAUAGGAGAACCCAGGGCACCCAGUCCCCAGGGGAUAAGGAGAGCACAGCAAGUGCCCAGCUCCGCAGGAAUGUCAGCUCUGCAGGGAGGCUUCAAGGACUUUACAACAAUGCCCCAGGGAGGAGAGAAAGCAAGAAAGCCGAAGUGUAUGUAUAUUUGCCUUCAGGAAAGAAGCGACCCAGGAGUCUUGAAAUUACCACUUAUUCAAGAGAAGGAGAACCCCCAAAUUCAGAAGUUCUUCCAACUCAAGAGGAAACAAGAAAUGGGAGUCUCAUUCGCAUGAGAACAGCUACUCUGAAUGGAAGGACUACGGGGGCUUUAGAAAAGGGCACAGGGAUUCCAGAGCAUUCCAUGGUGCUGGAUGAAAAAACAUUCAGAAACAUGUCUUCCAAAACAUCGUUGAUUGGGGAGGAGAGAUGCCCUACAUCAUGGACGGAAAAUGGAAAUGGGAGUCCAGAAACCACAGAGUCCUCGGGAGAGACGGCUGGCAGCAUACUCUCUGAUCCAGAAGUGCCUUUGUCACUAUGUGAAAAACCAGCUAAAACUCCAGAAGACCCAGCAUCCUUAGGACAGGCCGCUUGUGAAGGUACCCUCCUUCAGGUCUCAAGAAAAUGUGAUGCAGGCCCAGAAAAAUGCACAUUUACACAUCUUGCACUACAGGUUGCAUCAAAUUUCGGAAGGUCACAGGACAAGGCUGUGUGCCCUCUUUGCCACACCCAGGAAGGAGACCUGCGUGGUGAUACCUGUGUGCAAAGUUCCUGUAGCUGCUCCAUUGCUCCUGGGGAUCCCAAGGCCUCCGGCAGAUGCUCCAUAUGCUUUCAGUGCCAAGGCUUACUUGCCAGAAAGAGCUGCGAAGCCCAGAGCCCCCAGUCCCUACCACAGUGCCCUCGUCACAUGAAGCAGGUGCUGCUGCUUUUCUGUGAGGACCACAGGGAGCCCAUCUGCCUCAUCUGCAGGCUGAGCCUGGAGCAUCAAGGACAUCGAGUGCGCCCCAUAGAGGAGGCUGCACUAGAGUACAAGGAGCAGAUCCGGGAGCAGCUGGAGCGCCUGCGGGAGAUGAGGGGAUAUGUGGAGGAGCACAGGCUACAGGGAGACAAGAAAACAGACGAUUUCCUGAAACAAACAGAAAUCCAGAAGCAGAAGAUUUCAUGUCCACUUGAGAAGCUAUACCAACUCCUGGAGAAGCAAGAACAACUCUUUGUGACCUGGCUACAGGAGCUAAGCCAGACCAUCAGCAAGGUCAGAGAGACAUACUACACCCGGGUUUCCCUACUGGAUGAGAUGAUUGAAGAACUAGAGGCCAAGCAAGACCAGCCAGAGUGGGACCUCAUGCAGGACAUUGGAAUCACCUUGCACAGGGCUAAGAUGAUGUCUGCCUCUGAGCUGUUGGACACUCCUCCAGGUGUUAAAGAAAAGCUUCAUCUGCUCUACCAGAAGUCAAAGUCUGUGGAGAAGAAUAUGCAGUGUUUCUCAGAAAUGCUGAGCUCUGAAAUGGCAUUCAGCGCUUCAGAUGUAGCAAAAUGGGAAGGGCGCCAGCCUAGCGCCACACAGGUCCAGGGCUUGGUUCCCACCGUUCACCUAAAGUGUGAUGGUGCACACACACAGGACUGUGAUGUAGUAUUUUACCCAGAACGGGAAGCUGGAGGAUCAGAACCUAAAGAUUACCUUCAUCCUCAGCCAGCUCAAGACACACCUGAGCUACAUGAGAUCCAUUCUCGGAACAACAAAAGAAAAUUUAAAUCUUUCCUGAAAUGGAAACCUUCAUUCUUACCGUGAUUUGGACCAAGCAGCUGCUCACCCCAACCUCAUCUUCUCGAUGAUAUGAAUAGUGUGAGAUUUGGAAACAAGGUGUACCUGCUGCCUGACAGUCUCCAGAGGUUCUAGAGUUCAAUCACUACCCUGGGGACUCCUAGCUUUGACUCCAGCUACCAUCACUGGGAUGUGGAAUAUGAAGAUAAGACAGUUCAGGUCCUGGGAACAUGCAAAGCACUGGUGAGCAGGAAGGAGACUAUAACUCCUCGGAGAAUGGCUCCUGGGUGGUAAUAAUAGCAACAUAACAGGAAGACACUUUUCUCCAGCCUGUGAAUGAGGAUGCCACAAAGGAAGUGGGCAGCUUCCUAAACUACACAGCUAGGAGCAACAUGGCAUAUACAUGGUCACUGGCUUCUCCCCUCCAGUUCCCAUCAACCUGCCUUUAACCCUGGGCCAUAUGAUGAAGAACAUAGCUCUUCUGACCAUCAGUCCUGUCAGUGACCAGAUACUUCACUGAGUGCCCAACACUGUGCCAACAUUCUGGCUUCUGGUCUUGUGCCUCAUGUUCAUGCACUCAGAAGUCAUCAACAAGGUGUCAUCUGGCAUAAGGGAUGUAAUGGAUAGGAAAACAAUAUUAGGCUGGGUGUGGAGGUGCACACCUAAGAACCUGGGAGGCUGAGACAGGAUGAUGCCUGUGAGUUUGGGUCUAGCCUGAUGGAUUUCAGGUUACUCUUGACUGUGGUCCAGGCUCCAUACAAAAUGAAAGAAAAUAAUACUGGUACUUGUAUUAUUUAGUACUACUAUUGUUGUAAUAAAAUACCCUGAUAAAAGCACUUGGGGGAGAAAGCACUUAUUCGGAUUCAUAGUUCAAGGGUUUAGUGCAUCCUGGCAGAGCAGCCACAAUGGCAGGCAGGACUUGAGGCAGAUGGUCACAGUGCAUCCUCCAUCUUAUAGGGUGGAUCUUCCCACCUCAGUUAACCCACUCAAGAUAUACUCUCACACACAUGCACAGAGGCUUGUCCCAUGCACGAUUCUAAAUCCUGACAAGUUGACAAUAUUAACCAAUACAGUAUA